GCAUUAGAAUAUCAAUUCUUAUUAGGUAUAUAUUUUUAAUUUACGUAGGUAGGUACCGCCGAAUUUUCUGGUAGUCGAUUCCGCAUUAUAGUUACCUACGGUUUUAAUAUGAUUCAUGCUAACCAAAUACCUGUCAGAGCAUCAUCCAAAUGUUUAUUUAUAUUUAAAUAACAUUUUAAACAAAAGUUUUAAUAUUUUGGAGUGAGAAUUUCAACAUUAACAUAAUUGAACAUAUUAUAAAUGAUUCAUAAUAAGUGUUGUUUUUAUUCCAUAAACACAUUUGUAUAGUAAUUAAAGUAAAAAUGGAAAAAUGUAUUAUUUUUACAUUAUUUUUCGGGUUUGUAUUUGGCGCGGAUGAAGUGUUACAAUUAGACCAAGGAAAAUUGACUGGUAGUAGCCUGAGGUCAAGAAAUGGACGAGAAUUCAAAGCAUUUCAGGGAAUACCCUAUGCCAAGUCACCUACCGGGGAUCUUAGGUUUAAGGAUCCAGUACCAGCAGAUCCGUGGAUAGGUAUUUUAAAUGCUACUACCGAGCCACAAGUGUGUAUUCAGAAGAACUUGUUUUAUUAUCAACAAGCGGAUAUCCUUGUCGGUGCAGAGGACUGUCUAUAUCUCAAUGUGUACACACCAAGAAUACCAAAAAAAGGUGAUCGAGAACUGCUUCCGGUCAUGUUUUGGAUUGCCGGUGGAGGUUUUUUUGCGGGUUCGGGAGGUUUAAGUUUAUACGGUCCCCAUUAUUUGUUAGACAAGGAUAUAGUUCUAGUUACGCUUAAUUACAGACUUGGAAUUCUCGGUUUUUUAAGUACUGAAAACGAUGACUUACCCGGUAAUUAUGGUAUGAAAGACCAAGUUUUAGCACUAAAGUGGGUCCAAAAAAAUAUUGGUACAUUUGGCGGAGACCCAAAAAAAGUUACAUUAUUUGGGCAAAGUGCUGGAAGUGCUUCCGUUGGUUUACAUUUGUUAUCACCAAUGAGCAAAGGGUUGUUCCACAAAGCAAUCAUGGAAAGUGCAUCACCAUUAAACAUUUGGAGUGUAUCUCCACCAGGAUGGGCGAAACGAAGAGUGUCUGCUAUUUCAACUAUUGCUGGGUGUCCUGAUGAGCCAAAACAAAUGAUUGAAUGUUUAAAAGAAAUCCCUGCGAAAGUAUUGGUGAAUCUAUACAACAAUUUAUUUGAGUGGAGAAAUUACCCGAUUAUAAGUAUGAUGCCUGUUGCAGAAAAAUGUAAUUGUUCAAAAGAAUCAUUUUUGUGUGAUUAUCCUUUACUUUACUUUGAACAAUUAACAAAAGUUCCCGUAUUAAUGGGAAUGAACUCUGGAGAGGGUGGCAUUUUUGCUUCUCGAAUGUACAACGCGACUGAUCUAGUGUACACAGAGUUUUUAGAAGAUUUCAAUCAUUAUGUAUCAUCGUUUUUACUGUAUAGAUAUACGACAAAAUAUUCUGAUAUUCCAUUAAUUGGUGACAAGAUAUAUAAACGAUACUUUUCUAACGGGAAGUUGAGAGAGCCUUUGAAUGCAGUAAAAAUGAUUUCCGGUGGAUUAAUUUUACACGGUGUCUUUCAAAUGGCAACCAAGCUUUCACAACCGGUUUAUUAUUACAUUUACGAUUAUUUGAAUAAUUUUUCAUUCAAUUCGUUGUAUGGACCAUAUCCGUGUUCAAAAAAAUUAGGUGUAACGCACGCUGACGAAGUCACAAACCUAUUCUAUACAGCCGGUCGGGCAGUCCUACAGGGAAAGGACCUCGAUGUAUCAAAUCUUAUGGUGAAUUUAUGGACACGUUUUGCUACAACAGAUUUUCCCACUAUUGAUGGCACGGAUAAAGGAGAACCGUUCCCAAAAUUUAACACCCAGAAAUACGAAUUUGUUUUAAUUAAUUCAAGUAACCCAAUCACGUCUGAGAAGCCAUAUGUAGACGAGUAUACAUUUUGGAAUAGUUUGCCACUAUUAUCUGGACUGGAUUAAUCUGGAUGUAUUAAUGAUAAAAUUAACAGUAUAUUUCAAUCUUAUUAAGAUAUAUUAUACUAUGUAUAACUUUGUAUAGGUAUUAAGGUACAUAAUUGGAUUACAUUAAUCUGGAUAUAUUAAUGAUAAAAUAAACUGUUAAUUUCAAUCUUGUUAAUAUAUAUUAUAUUAUGUAUAACUUUGUAUAGAUAAUAAGGUACUAAGGUACUUAAAAUAUA